AUGGGAAAGCGCAAGUCGUCGAAGAAGCCCGUUGCGAAGAAGACGAACGAGCCGCUGUUGUCUCUUCUGUCACCACGAGAAGUCCGUCCUGGUCAAGAUUCCAUGUUCGGCUCGCUCAACUGCAAGGUAGGCUGCGUUUUGCGCGAUUCAGCUAACGGCAGACGUGUGGACAGAAGUUCACGACACCGAUCAACAGUGGGCCCUCCUUGCCGAUCAUCGCUGACCACAGACCUCUCCGUUGCCGUGGAUGUGUACUGCGACUGGGUCGACGCCUGUGACGAGAUCAACCAGAAGGCCAAGCCGAAGCCCAAGAUCAGGCAGCGCAGCCCCGAGCCAGCGCCGCGCUUCACCGAGAACGAGGAUGAGGACGAGGACGAGCCGCCCCGCCGCAAGAUCUCGAGCCGCGACUAUGACUCGGACUCGGAUGACGAGGACGACAGGCGUGCGCGCAAGGUCGCGCGCCGUGCGUACGAUGACGACGAUGAGGAUGACGAUUAA